GACCCGCUGUACAGCUCGCUGUGGACCCCUGUGCCCGAGAUUGAGCUAGAGGCCCCGAUCGAAGACUUUGUCAAGUAUUUCGGCCAGGAGGGGCCGACCGACCCGUUCUUGCCCCCGCGCAAGGCCAAGGAUGAGGCUAUUUUGGACGUGUUCGUCGAUUGCGCUGCGCUGAUAUGGGGCUCCAAGGAUAUGCAGAAG